AGAAAAAGCAUGUUUCUGUCAAGUAAAUUGAUUAAUGGGGGAAAUAAUUUGUUGUUUUGUUUCAGUGAAGGGAAAAUUCUUGGGAGUCGGCGCAUGAACAAUUCGUGAUGCGCCCUCUCUUCUUAUCUUGACACAAAAUUCCAGACCCCUGAGGGUCGUCCAUUGCGGACAUUCAGAAUCAUACAAAGUCCACCCUCAGAACAGUGACAACUCGACUCCCCUCAGUAUUCGCAAAUGAAAAAUCCAAACGUAUACCUCGGGAAAAAAAAUCGUCAAAUAAUUUGAUAACAGAUCAUCGUUCGCUGCCAAGGCGUCUGCUGACGCAUUUUAUUGUCAAUAAUCUUUAUCCAGGAUUGUCAAUUUGAGGAAUCUAAGAAGAUGAAUAAACUUUGCCGUCAAUUGUCAAUUGAGAGUCCAAGCGUAACGGGACGUGAUUGUGUCUUCAGUUUCGAUGUACCAGUGCCAGAUGUACCUAGUCAUGGGGCUAGAAUUCGUGUUGUAUGCGCUGGUGCCUGUUACCAUCCAAAACGCUCGCCAAGCCUCACAAGUCUGACAUCAGUAUCAAGUUCAAGUAGUCUGGCAACUGAAGCAUCUCUAGAGGGUGAUUUUCCAGUUACUCUGCCACAUCAUGGAGUGAGAGAUGCCUCUUUAUUUCCUGGAUAUGAAGUUGCUGGUAUCGUUGAAUCACUUGGAUCAGGACUGAGCGAAGACUGUGGAUUUACCGUUGGCGAUCGAGUUAUACUUUAUCCAUACGAGGGCAUUCCAAAUGGUUACGUGGAGUAUCUCGUCGUUCAUGAUCUCAAAUACCUCAUUAAAAUACCAGAUAACGUAUCACUGAGUGUCGCUGCAAUGCUACCUGCUGGUGCUCUACUUGCUAUGAAUACAGUAUUUGCGGCACACGAACACGUUCAGCAACUGGUGAAAGAGCGUGGUGAAAACAGCAUUUGCAAGAUUCUGAUCGUUGGCACUGGUGGAUUGGCUCUGUGGGCUCUGAGAAUUGCCGCCUAUCACUUCACAAAUAUGCGAGACAAAGUCACAAUAACAAUUGCCUCGUUAAAAGAUGAUGGAUUGAAAAUGGCACAGGAAUUUCAGCGGGUGAACGUAGUGGAGUGGAACGAGGGCCUCUAUGAGAAUCAGCUAAUUGAACGCACAAUGGAUGCCUGUCGAGGUCAGGUGGAUGUUGUUAUUGACUUUGGUACAACAUCGAGAAGCCUCCAUCGCAGUAUGCAAUGCCUAAGUAAAGGUGGAGUGGUUUUCGUGAUGAAAGAAGUGGCAGAUCGUCUAUUACCGAAAUUCAGUAGACGGGCUGAAGAGAGACAAAUCAGUAUAAAGUCAGUUGAACUUGGCACAUUGGAGCAACUCACUGAAUUAGUCCAAUUGGUUGCUUCUGCUGAAAUCGAACCGCCACCACACACGGUUUAUCCAGCUGAGGAGGCAAUGGAUGUUGUUCAUAAACUUUGUCAUUCACAGAUUCAAGGCAGAGCCAUCCUUCGUUUUUAUCCCGCGGAUUAGACCCUGUAAUUGAGGUUGAAAACCUGAGGACAUCAGUUAUCGCUGAUUAUUGAUGAUUCUCGAUGAACGACGCAUCGAUAUUCAUCGGACGAGGGCAUUUUGUAGUGUGAUCAGUGGAAUGGAUUUCGUCUUGGAUGAUCAAUGUCUAGGUUGGCAUAUUGGAAAGAGAUGGGAGUCACUUCGCAGAGAUUAAUCAUAUAAUAAACAUGAGUAUGUAGCGUGGUAGUUCGUUUUAAUUAUCAUGAUGAACGCAUACAGAGUUCGAUAUUAAUAAUGAGUAUUUACGUGAAAAUUCAACAUUUUUGUGACGAAGUCGUGAGAGAAUUUCAUGAAAAUUUUUCAAUUCCCUCGAUCGUAAAAUUUUCAGCAAAUACUUCUUACAUUUUACUCCAAAUCAUGUACAGAUCUUUCAUCACUCCAAGUCUUAUUGGAAAGCAUAAAAUCAGUGGGAUUAUUCACUUCGAAAUUUGUAUAUGCUUUAAGUCUCAAUGACUUAAGAAACUGGUUAAUGAAAAAGUUGAUGCAGUAUCGAGAUAGAAAAAUUUUUUGUUUUACAAGCUGUACCAGUUGUUUAGAAUAAGCAUUUUCAUUAGUAUAUGUGAGCUACAAUUUUGUCAGAAGUACUGGACGCUCGACUGCGCCUUAAAAAUCAUAAGCCUUAUUAUUAAUCCUAGAUCAGUAUUGCUGUGUUGAACUUUUUUGAGACUGUAAAAUUUUUUUUUUAUGAGAUGGUCAUUUUUUUUCAGUCAUCUGUAAUCAAAUGUAAUACGUCAAAGUUUUCUUGUAACGCACUGCAUCAUAAUUUUUAAGAUUUUAUGGCUAAUGUCAUACCAGUGAUGUAUUCUGCUAUAAAUCUUCGUAAUAUAAUGAAUAUGUUUCUAUUUAAA